AUGUUAAGACACCCCCUCUCAAAAGACCUUCCUUCAAAGCCUUCUCAUACACUACUAGAUACCCCUGAACACGAGAAAGCUCGGAACAAGAGGCCUAUGAGACGCACUGAAUCUUUGUUCACAAAGGAAACAUCCACCAUGCUUCGUCACUGGCAAUCCCGACCAAAAACUUCCGCAGAUGCUGCUCUUGCCGACCACCCAGAAAUAUUUGCCACGAAAGUGGCCGUUUCAAAGUUUCCAGGAAUUCCAGACACGUACGGAGAUAUCAAAGUUGUUAUCUUACAACUCAAAACUGCCACAUCUUUGUACCUUAGACCGGCAAUAUAUUACAUUCACGGUGACCCUUUCAUGGCUGAUGGACCCUUUGACGGUAUAUCCGGCUUCUGCGAUCUGAUCAAGCAACUUGACCUUGUACUGUUGACAAUUGAUUAUCGCCUUCUGGACAAGCAUUGGUGCCCCACUCCAGUAACAGAUUGCUAUCGUGGUCUUCAAUACGUUUUCAAGGAGGCAAUGAAUUUGCGCAUCGAUCCUACGAAGAUAAUGAUAGCUGGGCAGUUUUUAGGAGGAGGACUUGCUGCCGCAACUGCAAUCAUGGCUCGUGAUGGAGUCGACAUGGGACUACAUGGAAGGGGAAAGUUAAUGGCACAGUGCUUAAUCUGUCCCGUAAUCGAUGAUCGCUUGGUUGUAGAAACGAAACAAAAUUCCGAGGAGGAAGGGGAAUUCUGGACCUCCAAAGUCUGGAAGAAAACUGUGUGGGAUUAUCAUCUGCAGGACAUUUAUAGCAUUCCAGACCAUGUUUCCGACCGCCAGCUUAUAGUAGACGCUGAUCCGAGUGACAAAAAAAUUCUUUCAGAAGCUCUUCGGAAAGAAAAACUUUGGAGAGAAUAUCAUCGGUCACAGCAUCUGGAAUAUGUAACACCAGCCUGUGCGCCAAAUUUGUAUGAUUUACCACCAACAUGGAUUGAUGUCGGCAGGGAGGAAGUGUUUAGGGACCAAGUCAUGAAAUUUGCAACGAGAUUGAUGGACGCAGGGAAUGAAACGGAGUUGCAUAUAUUAAAGGGAAACCGUAGUGAUUUUGAUAGUUUACACAACCCCCAGACAAAUCUUUCUCAAGCCUAUAUGAGUUUGAGGUUGGAAUGGGCGAGGAAAGCAUUCAAGGAUGGUACGUAA